CGCAGUUUUCAAAAUGUCGUCGCGCAGGCGAAACGUGUGUGGUCCGUCCGGUCCGCGGGUGUCCGACCGCCAACGCGAGCUCCUGCUGGCGUUUAUGGAAGAGCACCCCCAGGUCGCGACGCCCUCGUUCCCCUUGGACUCCUCCUUCACCCGCGAAGUCCGGGACGACCUCUGGAAGCAGCUGAAAACGCUGCUCAACGAGGCCGGCCCGGCGGUAAGGUCUGUCGCUCAGUGGCAGGCCUUCUGGCGUAAGGAGAAGUUUAAUGCGGAACAAGAACUCAUCCGCCUGCGCGAACAGCAGAGGUGAGUGCAAGCACUGUUAUAUCUCAGUGGGUCAUUUUACACUUCCUGUUUGUGCUUUACAGGGGCACCGGAGGCGGCCAGGUGACGGGCUACCGUGGUCGCAUCCUCCAGCUGACCGGGACCUCACGGAUCGACGGUGCGAGGGGCCCAGUCUUCGAGCGGUCGGAAGCGUUGGUUCCCCCAGAGCAGAGCCUGCAGGCUCGUGCGCUCUCUGGGGACUUCCGCCGCCCUCAGCCGUUGCCUGCACCGCCAAGGGUCUCGGUCGGGGACAGGCCGGGCACCAGCGGCUUGCAGGCCUUCGUGAGCUCUGCUCCGGCUGCCGCUGGUGUGGCCGAGGAGGAUGCGGCCCCAGCGUUACCCCAGCGCCAACCGCGGAGGCGCCAGCCAUCAGCCGUCCGCGCCGUGCUACCGGGUUUAAUGGAGCAGCAGCAGCAGACCAACACGGUUCGUGAAUACCA